GUCAUGCUCCGCCGUGCCGCGCGUGCCCUGGAAGCGGCGGGGCGGCCAUGGCGCGGGAGAAGCAGCCGGAGGCGGCGGCGGAGGCGGAGGGAACUCCUGAGCGCUCGUACCGGGAGCAGCUCGACUACCUGAACCCCAUCGCCCAGCCCCUCGCCUCUCGCAAGCUGACGCGCAAGCUCUACAAGUGCAUCAGGAAAGCGGCCAAACACAAACAGAUCCGUCGCGGCGUGAAGGAGGUCCAGAAGUUCAUCAACAAGGGCGAGAAGGGGAUCACGGUGCUGGCCGGCGACACGCUGCCUAUCGAUGUGUACUGCCACAUCCCCAUCAUGUGCGAGGACAGGAGCCUCCCCUACGCAUACGUCCCUUCCAAAUCGGACCUGGGAGCCGCCGCCGGCUCGAAGCGCCCGACCUGUGUUAUCAUGAUCAAGCCCCACGAGGAAUACCAGGAGACCUACGAUGAGUGCUUGGAGGAGGUGGAGGCCCUGCCCCUGCCACUGUGAAGAGCCGGGGACGGGCUGUGCCCGGUGGGGCCAUGAGCCCCCGUUUGUUGGGGGGUGGGGGGGAGCACUGUGGGGGUGAAUAAAGGUGUUUGUGAGGUUUGUA